UUCAGCUUUAGGAGAGCCGGUUGGUUCUGAUGAGGAUGGAGAUCUGCCAGUUCAUCCUCCCUCUCUCAUGCCUGCUCCUGCUCACCGCAACCAGCAGUGUCUAUUCUCAGUGUCCAGUGCUUUCACGCAGUGCUGACAUGAGGCUGGUGGAUGGCGGCAGCCGCUGUGCUGGGAUAGUGGAGGUUCUUUAUUGUGGACAGUGGAGCACAGUGUGUAAUCGUGGAUGGGGAAUGCUGGACGCUGCAGAGGUGUGUAGGCGGAUGUCCUGUGGAGAUGCUGUAGCAACACCAGGGCGUGCUUUCUUUGGGGCAGGAACAGGAUGGAUCAAGCCACAGGUGUGCUUUGAAGGGUGGGGGCCAUCAGCGUAUUGCUGUGGACCCUAUGUAUGCGGAGGAAUCGUUUAUCCUCCCUGUGGUUAUCAUGAAGAUGCCGGAGUCAUCUGCUCAGGAGCUUUGGAUAUAAACUGUCCAGUGAGUCCAGUCUGUGCUGUGACGGGAUCUACUGUGGUGAUUCCCUGUGAAUAUGCUUAUCUACAGUCCCUCAGAGUGGUGACAUUCAUGUGGUGUCGUAAUGAUCACUGUGAACCCUCAACACUUGUCUGUCGCAGUGAUAGUACAAACAUUAAUGCUCACCACUGGGGCAGAGCAGAGUGUUUUGGGGAUAGAGUGAAGAACUAUGCAUUAGAGAUAAAGGACAUUAAAUACACUGAUGCUGGAGUUUAUAAAUUAGGGUUUACAUCCGGUUACGAUACACAAAUAUGGGUUACUGGGCCUGGAGUGACUCUUCAAGUAGGUGAAUUAAAGGUUGUGAUGACUCCAUCUGCUGGAAGUAGAACAUUGAGAGAAGGGGAGUCUGUGAAUCUGAGAUGUGAUACAGAGAGCUGCUCUCUCAGCCAAUCGAAAUUCACCUGGUUUAAAGACAACCAGCCAAUCACAGAGACAACGUCCACACUUCACUUCAGUCCUGUCUGCAAAUAUCACUCUGGAAAAUACUCAUGUGCAUUGAAAGACAGUAAAGUGUCUAACAAAAUGGAUUUAAUUGUUCAAGGUGGUGCAUGGACUGUAGAUUAUCCAGAGAAAACCAUAUGUGCAGUAAGGGGAUCAGCUGUGGUGAUUCCAUGUGAAUAUCAUUAUCCAAAGUCAUACAGUGUGGAGUCCAUGAUGUGGAGCCAUAACACAGGGGACUGCACUGGAAACUCAUAUGUCUGUCACAGUAAUAAUAUAAACGUCAAAUCUGAGUACAGGGGCAGAGCGCAGUGUUUGUGGGACAAAGUCAAGAACUGUAUGUUAAAGAUAAAUGACAUUACUGACACUGAUGCCGGAGUGUAUAGAUUUAGGUUUACAACUAAUGGGUGUGAACAGUGUGGUCAGCCUGGAGUAGCACUUCGUGUUGGUGAAUUAAAGGUUGUGAUGACUUCAUCUGGUGGAAGUAGCGCAUUGAGAGAAGGAGAUUCUGUGAAUCUGACAUGUGACAUGGAAAGCUGCUCUCCCAGCCAAUCAGAAUUCACCUGGUUUAAGGACAACCAGCCAAUCACAGAGACAUGGUCCACACUCCAUUUCAAUCCUGUCUCCUACCAUCAUGCUGGAAAAUACUCAUGCGCAUUAAAAGGAUAUAGAGGGACUUUGUCUAAUCCCAUCCUACUUCUUCUUCAAUCUAAUGGUAAUCCGAUGACAGUAAUCCUAGUGGUACUGGGAGUCCUGCUGUCUGUUUUACCUAUAAUAAUUUGCAUAAUAUGGAGGACGAUUAAAUUACUGUGUAACAGAGGAGGUAACAGAGGAGGAAAUAAACAGAGCUGUCAUUCUGAUUCUGACAAUAAUACAUAUGCAGUUAUAGAUGUGCGUAAAAAGUCACCUGAAUAUAACACUCUGAUGACUGCAGCCAAUGACAGAGACCCUGCACGUCAGGAGUCACAUCCAGUUUAUAGAAAUAUGAUGAAGUGAAAGUGGCGAUAUCAGGGAUCAAACUGAAACUGUAGGUUGAAAACAGUGAGCAAGCAGUUAUUUAGAGCUAUACUGUAUGAAUGUGUGCAUUUGGCAGAAAUUAAAACUUUUCAUUUUGCUUAGUUCUGAACAUUCCUAUUUUUGAUAAAUUUUGUUGCAGAACAUUGGUUACAUGUGUAGCGAACUGCCAUAUAAAAUUGUUUUAGCUUAGCUUAAAUAGACAUUAACUUACAUAUAUAAGGUGCAAUUUUACCGUAAAUUGCUAAUGUUUUUCCAUGAUUUCAGCACAGUCAGAUGGGUUGAUAAUUCAUAAGAAAAGUAGCAAAAUGAUUAAUUGAAAGAAAAUUUACAGUGGUGAUUGUAUUUAUUACCUAUUUUUAUAUAUUUAUAACAUGUUUUAUAACCGUUUUAACCUAUUACCUAUAUGUCCUUAACAAGCAAAAAAAUGUGUUAAUGCUGAUCCCUCCAGCAAAAGAAUAGCUUGCUAGAAGAAAACUGAAAAAGAGGAAAAGGAUAAGA